CAAGGCCGUGAGCUGGACAGAUUGCUUGAAAGCCUUCAGAAUGAUGCAAAUUCCCAGACCAGUCAAUUCAGCUGGGAGGCCAAUAGCUCAGCCUUACUGUUGUCCAGAAGGAAAGAAAUUGACCGUCGCAAGUCUGAUCUAGAGACUGUCAGUGUAAAUGUUCGACUGGCUGCUGAUGAGAAGACUCGACGCUUUGAUCAGGCUUUACGGCUUGUCGAAUGGCUUCGUAGUUUCGAGGAAGUUAUCGAGUGGGCUGAAGAAGCCGAAGAGCGCUGCGCUGCGGACGAUUAUCAUGGUGGGAUGACUGUGCUGGCUCAUAAAUUGGCGAGACACAGGGAACUAGCUGACUUCUUUAUCUGUCUAAUUGCAGUUUGGCCUAAUUCCGACCUUGACCCAUGA